AUGUUGUAUCCGCUGUUUUUCCCGUACGGCGAGGCCGGUUGGCAUAACGGGAUGUUGCAAGCGGGCAACCGACGAAACAAUGUCCGCAAUCGCAACAGUAUCAGAGAGUUUGCGUGCUACCGUUUGGCUGUUAGAUAUCAGGGAAAUAACGACCAAAGACAUGAACUGUUUAGUUUAUUACAUCAGGGUCGGUUCUUGUUGCAGAUGUAUGUGUGCGACCAUACUGUUCGAAUGGAGUCGAAUAAUCUGAACUACAUACGUUUGCACCAGAGGGAUCUCCUCGCCGAAGCGUAUCAAGGGCUCAUGGACCAUGUGAACCAACAGCUCCACGUCGAUCCCAUGGCGGUCGGGCGUAGGGUCAUAUUGCCGUCGACGUUCACGGGUAGCGACCGAUUCAACAAGAUGAAUUAUCAAGACGCCAUCACCAUAGUGCGUACCAAAGGGAAACCCGACCUGUUCAUAACGUUUACGUGCAAUCCCAGGUGGCCAGAGAUCACUGAAAACCUGGCUGCCCACAGCACGGCAUGCGACAGGCCGGACCUGGUGGCCAGAGUGUUCAACAGGAAGCUACAGGAGCUAAUAGGUGACAUAACUGUGAAUCGUGUGUUUGGUAAUGUCGGCGCUUACGUGUACACUAUCGAGUUUCAGAAACGUGGUCUGCCCCAUGCGCAUAUACUGAUAAUCCUGGCAGAGGACUGUAAGUUCCGCACGGCCGAGGACGUGGACGACGUGGUUUGCGCCUUCUUGCCGGACCCCGCAAUCGACAGGCGCUUACACGACUGCGUCAAGUCUCACAUGAUCCACGGGCCGUGUGGAACAGUCAAUCCACAGUGUCCGUGCAUGGUGGACAACAAAUGCUCCAAAGAUCUCCCGAAAGCGUACGCAGAGGAGACUGUGUACGUUGCGGACGGCGGAUAUCCAAAGUACCGCCGACCGGAUGACGGCCGGGUGGUACUUGUGAGAGGUCGUGAGGUUGGUAACGAGUGUGUAGUGCCAUACAACCCUUACCUUCUGGCCAAGUAUGACGCGCACAUCAACGUCGAGAUAUGCACGUCCAUAAAGAGUGUCAUGUAUAUCUACAAGUAUAUAUACAAGGGACACGACCGUGUGACGUUGGAAGUUCAGGACCAGGAUGAGAUUGCCAAUUACGUAAACUCAAGAUAUGUCAGCCCACCAGAAGGCAUCUGGCGGUUGUUUUCGUACAAAUUGCACGGCAAAAGUCACACGGUCGUCAGACUUCCUGUCCACCUGGAGGGUCGUCAGAACGUGUACUUUGCGCCGGGCCAAGGAGAAGAACGGCUACAGAACCAAGCUGUGCGUAGUACGAAACUCACGCAGUUCUUCGCGCUCAACACAACAGACGUGAAUGCUCGACAAUACUUGUACCAAGAAAUACCGACGCAUUACACCUGGCAGAUGCCACGUAAUCAAGAAAACGUACUCGUAAGAAAUGUCACCCAAUGGUUGCCGCGGCGGAUUCGGAUGGCAAACGUUACGUUGGCUCGGAUGUACAUAGUAAACCCACUGGACCGGGACCGUUUCCACCUGAGAUUGCUACUUCUGAACCGAAGAGGCCCGAAGUCCUUUCAAGACAUAAGGACGGUGGACGGGGUCGUUCACGAAACAUUCACGGCGGCUGCCGUUGCACUCGGAUUAUUGGAAGACGACCGAGCGUGGCGGGAUUGCUUGACGGAAUCGGCGACGUUGGACACACCGCGGCAGCUGCGGUAUCUGUUCGUCACUAUACUGGUGUUCUGCGAGCCCUCAAACCCGCUGGCGUUGUACGAGGCGAACGAAGCAAACAUGAUGGAGGACUUCAACCGCCGUCUCCAAGACGUCGACCGCGCGAGGGCCGCGUGUCUGGCGGCCAUCGAGGAUCUACUUCGUGUACACCGAAAAUCGCCGGGCGACUACGGUCUGCCCCUCGCCGACCCCCGUCUACUGGAACCGCUGCAGGACGACGCGCUGUUCCGGGCAAUAGACGCGGCGGCACGGUGGGCCCCACAAGUAGACGCCUUGAACGCCGAACAGCGAACGGUGUACGACCGCGUGAUGGCGGCCGUCGAUGACCAACGGGAGGUGGCGAAAACUUUCUUCGUCGACGGACCCGGGGGUACCGGAAAAACGACGCUGUACGGAUGCCUGAUAUGGGCGCUUCGGCACCGACCUCCGCAGCGGGAGGUGUUGUGCGUGGCGUUCACCGGUAUCGCCGCGUCGCUCAUGGACGGCGGCAUGACCGUACACUCGACGUUCGGACUACCUUUCGGCACGCUGACCGAAGACUCGACGUCCAGCGUCACCAUGCAGUCCGAGCGAGCGCAAAAGAUACGCAACGCGGCGCUCAUCGUCUGGGACGAAGCCCCAAUGUCGCCGGGACUGCAACUGACGGUGGUGGACCGCCUGCUCAGGGACGUCAUGGCAUCGGAAUUACCGUUCGGCGGUAAAACCAUGCUGUUCGCCGGCGACUUCAGGCAGAUAUUGCCCGUGGUCCGGAGAGGGACGAGAGCCGAGAUCGUCAUGUCGUCGAUCAAGGAAAACGGUCUUUGGCGCGUCAUGGAGCGCUUCAAUCUGGUCCAGAACAUGCGCGCGGACCACGACGCGGACUUUGCGACUUGGUUGCUUGAGCUCGGCAACGGCCGACUGCCCGCGGUCGACGGCGUUCCGAACACCGUGCAAAUCCCGCGGCAAAUGGUAUGCGACGUUGAUGAUUUGAUCGAUUUCGUGUACCCGCAGCAAAUGUCGUUGGCCAACGUCGACGAAUUCGCUCGGAGAAUCGUUGUGUGUCCCACCAACGAAGACUGUAGAGGUGUCAACAGGGACGUGCUGGAGCGCGUCGACGGUGCUCAGAUGAGCUACACCGCCGUCGACACCAUGAUGGCGGACGAUCCCGACGAAGUGGCCAAUUUUCCCACGGAGUUCCUCAACAGCUUGGAACCGGACGGCCUGCCGCCGUACCGGCUGACGUUGAAGGUGGGGUGCAUCGUGAUGUUGCUCAGAAAUCUCGAUCCGAGGAGACGACUGUGCAACGGUACGAGGUUGGUGGUCACCGAACUGCGGCGUCACAAUUUCAAGGCUAGGAUUUUGGGCGGUGAAGCACAGGACGACGACAUCGUCGUGCCCAAGAUACCGCUCACGUCCAGCGGCGAGGACGACCUGCCCAUCUUACUGCGGCGCCUUCAAUUCCCGGUGAGAUUGUCGUUCGCCAUGACCAUCAACAAGUCGCAGGGUCAGACGUUCGACCGUGUAGGUUUGUUACUGACGUCGCCUGUGUUCACGCACGGGCAACUGUACGUGGCGUUUUCGAGGGUGAGAAACGCACAGUCCGUGAGAGUCGGCAUGUACGCCGAUGACAGCGGCCGAUUCGUCACCAAGAACAUAGUGUACAGGGAAGUUCUGUAA